GCCUAAUGAGACAACUGGUUGUGAGGGGUUAUGAUGACCUAGAUCUAGUCUAGACCUAAUUCCAUAUUUUGAAACUCUGGAUCAACACUUCCUGUUUUGAAUCGAAAAAGACAUGGCGACUCUGGGAGUUUUAAGACUGACAGGAAGUUUCGGAAAUUCUUUUCAUUCUUUGUUUAGUCGUCAAUUUACUUUGACAAGUGUUCCUGCUCGAAACAUAUUCAGUCAAACAAAAGAUGAUUCCUCUAAGAAAUCAACAAGCACUUCCCUGGUUACAUACAGACACAAAAGUACAGAGGUUGCACCAGCUAAAAAGCCAUACUCCCCAUUUCAAGUACCUAUAAGCAAUAAAGCUGAAUUUGUAUUAGCAAGGGUGGAUGACUUACUCAACUGGGGAAGAAAGAGCUCCAUAUGGCCUCUUACAUUUGGUCUUGCUUGCUGUGCUGUGGAGAUGAUGCACUUUGCUGCUCCUCGUUAUGACAUGGACAGCUAUGGUAUUGUUUUUAGGGCAAGUCCUCGUCAAGCUGAUGUGAUUAUUGUUGCUGGAACUCUCACUAAUAAAAUGGCACCAGCACUCAGAAGGAUUUAUGACCAGAUGCCAUCACCAUCCUGGGUUGUUUCUAUGGGAAGUUGUGCUAAUGGUGGAGGCUAUUACCACUACUCAUAUUCUGUAGUUAGAGGAUGUGAUAGGGUUAUCCCUGUUGAUAUUUAUGUGCCAGGUUGUCCCCCAACAGCAGAGGCGUUAUUAUAUGGAUUUCUUCAGUUGCGUAAAAAGAUAAAGAGAGUUAAUACUGUUCAAGCUUGGUACCGAAAAUAAUUUUCUGUUCAGUUUUAAAUUUUUAUUAUCUGGUUGAUACAUUUGAAGAAACUAAAUCUGAAAUCAGUUUUGUAAAGUAUUGUGGUUGCAGUCAUAACUAAACUUAAAAGAUUAUAGUGUGUACAUAGUAAGUUGGAUGGUUGUAAUUAGCCAUGCACUUAAGGACAAAAUAAAUUAUGAAUUUGAAUAA